AUGUUUGUGUUUGAUCGGGCCAGAAUGUUGCUGCUCAGUCUUGUCAUCCACAGCUGUUUUGUUGCGGGAAAACACUCUGAUGAGGAAAUCCCAGGUUAUCUGCUGAAGACAUUCUGUGGUGAUAUUUUCGAAGGGCGUGUGACAUUUCUGCACGAGUUAAAUUACCCUGGACGAGUCGUAUACCUUCAUGAAGUCGUAAGCUCUGAACCGAAGUACCUCAAGACUCCUGUCAAAGUGAAGGAUUAUCUUUACUCGGACGCUAUAGGGUAUCGUUUAUUGGGCUCAGUAGAAAAGAUCUCAGAUAACCACUGGUUCAUUAACACCACUGAUCUUCGUGAGGCGCUGAAUAGUGCAAAUCCAUCGACGAAGAAAUAUUUAGAUUGGAAGAAUAUGGAUAGAAAUGGAUGGGAAUCACUCUGUGCGUUGGGACCUUAA